AUGAUUCUCUCCCCGAGGGCCGCGGAAGACGCCGCAUUUCUGGCCGAGUCUCGCGUUACCGAGCUUAACAUCGCCUAUUCGAUUCCCAUUCCUCUAGAAAUCUUCACGACCAUCUUUCGUCUCUGGGUGCGAUGGCGCUCUCCCAGCAAAGGAAAGCUCACGUUCGACGAUUACCUGAUGGUGUGGGCCACGGGCAAUUAUGUCUUCAGUCACUUCUAUAAUACCGCCAUCGCCAGCACCAAGUUGUCUGUCCUGGCGCUGUACCAUCGAAUCUUCGCCACGUUUCGCUUCCGGACCGUGGUCCUGACGACGGCCGUCUUUGUGACUCUCUGGCUCAUAACCAUCGAGGUGGUUUUGGGCUUCCAAUGCCGGCCAAUUGCGCGGUUCUGGGAUCCCAAUGUCGCCGGCACCUGCUUUAAUCUCGUCGCCUUUACUUAUUUCACCAACAUCACCAAUCUCGUGACGGAUAUCUGGAUCUUUGCCAUGCCUUUGCCUGUGAUCUUCAAGUUGCAGAUGUCGCGCAAUCGGAAAAUCGCCUUGAGUUUCCUGUUUUCCAUUGGAUUGGCAACUUGCGCCGUCAGUGCGGCUCGGUUGUCCGUUGUCGUCUCGCAAGGAUCCCCGGAUUUCACCUGGGCGGGAGUCCCGCUGGGCAUUCUCUCGGCCUGGGAGCCUCUGGGAGGGAUUUUCUGCGCCAACCUGCCGGUCAUCUAUCGGGCGCUGGUGACCAUGGUUCGCACGCUCAAGAGUUCGGUCAAUGGAAACACCUCCCGGAACGGCAACCUUCAGUCGCAGCCGCAUCGCGACACCCAAGGAUCCCAGCGUCCGUGGGCGCCGCUUUACAACGGCAGCAGCGUGCAGAUGGACUACCACUCCGAGGCGUCGGCCAACAAGGCCACGGGAGAAGUGACGGAGCUGCGGCCGAUGGACCGGAAUGCCAUUAAAGUCGAGCAUUAUUUUGAGCAGCAGAUUUAUCAUGAGGGGGACGAGAUGCCAUUGCAUCCCGGGCAACCCGAGAGGCGAUAG